UUGCGUGAAGGAUAAGACUCUCAGACAAAAAUGAAAAACUCUUCGCAUACGGAGAAAGAGGGCAGACUAUCCGUUGUCAUUCUCUCUGCUUUCCAAUCGCCGCCCCUACCCGGAUUCGUGUGAAGCAAGUAAAUCAUGGCUUCUUACUCUAUACCGGCGGGAUACAAGUUCCACCCCUCCGACGAAGAUGUCGUUCGGUUUUACCUCCGACCCAAGGCCACCGGACAGCCCCUGCCGUAUCCUGAUAUUGUCUUUGAAUUCGAUCUCUACGGGGAGAAAGAGCCUUCUGAGAUAUGGGACAUGUUUGGAGGUCCGUCCCUUGAUGAGACCGAGGAUCUCUUCUUCUUCACCAAAUUGAAGCCGUUGAGUCGCUCCCGUGUCAAUCGGAGCGUCGGGAUCGGCGGGACUUGGAGUAACGAGUCGUCUAAGACCAUAUUUGCUCGUGGAACGAGAAUUCCGAUUGCAAUGAAGAGGAACUUCCGGUACGAGAACCCGGGGUCGCUACAAGAUGGUGCCUGGAUCAUGAGGGAGUACAGCCUGCCGAUGAAGACGCAACCCGACGUGGGUUCUUCUUCUUCGUCUUCCUACGUGGUCUGCCGGCUCAGCAAGAACGAUCGGCCUAAACCAAAAGUCGUCGGAGAAGUCCCAGCCAAGAAAGAAGAAAUGAAGUCUUUGAUCAAUCUUCACAAAAGGAAAAUAGAUCAAGAGAGAUAGAGCCGUCUCAGUUGAAUUCCCACCAAACAUACGAGUUUAGGGCUGCUAUUUAUGAGGAAAGCAAUAAAGAAAAUCCUGUUGUUGUGGAAAGCAGGAAAGCAGCAUAGGAGCAAAACGCAUAUCAAGCUAGUCAACAACCAAAAUCAAAUGUGGCAAAACAACAAACACCUACCGUUCGUCGUUCACAAGACAAAUCCAGUCAUUAUUGUUUGCUUAGCUCUGGCUUCUAACGUGCUGUAGAAACGAUUUCUGAGAAUCAAGCAUAUAUAUGAUGCUCACAGUCAGGUGGAUGGAUGCUUGGCUGUCUUCUGUUCUGAGGGACGGAGUUUAGUUUUGGAUUCCUGCCUGCUCAGAUGUUAUACUGGAUAUUCAGAGUAGUCUUUUUUGCAUCAUGAGGAGAAUGAUAAGCCUAUAUGGUUGUUAUCCAAGAAGAAGCAACAUGGGAAGGGAUUACAAGAAAGCUUCCAGUGGUGGAAGAUCAGGUUUCCUCUAAGUCUAACAUUAUAUAUUUUUUGUGGUUAGUUUUUCAAAAUGGAUUGAUUUACUACAGGAGAAAAGUUGGCAAAAUGGGGUUUUGAAGGGGUCUGUUGUGUGUUCUGUCGUAAUGGUAUGGUAUUGUAAGUAUAAAACAUCUGUUCUUUAGAUGCAGUAACAGUGGGAGGAUAUGGAAAGUUGUAAUAUAUUGAAUGCCCCUGUUGAUUGGGAGUACAAAGUUGAACCAGUAAAUCUCUGCUUGCUAAUCUGUGCAGACUGGUCUUAAGUCCACUGUGUACAAUAUCUGGUAGAGGAAGACAAUUUCUGGGAGGAGGAGGAAGAUGAUGAUGAUUAUCUUUUCCCCCUGGGUGAUUUUCUCCCUGCUAUGCCAUUGGAUCGGAUCUUGUGCAAAUCGUCAUCAGAGGCUGUCCAAAAGGGUGGUGUGGAUGAAGCCGUUGCUCUUUCUCUGUUUUCAUUGGGUUUUUGGUCCUUUUCUUAGGUUUUGGCGGGUUUGUCUUGUGAUUCCCUUCCCCGUCUAGGCUGGGUGUAGUCUCACCUCUCUUGGAGGUGGGAGAAUCUUCGAAGUCAGUCUGUACUUCUAAGUCAAAAGGAAUGAGGGAAUUGAAGAACAUAGAGAGUUAUAUCAAUUAUGAGGGUUCUAGUUGCGGUAAAGGCAAGAGGGUGUAGGUCUUCUUUGGUGGCGUGUUUGGUUUGUUUUGUGGGCCUUGGUGAGUUCUUUGGGUUGCGGGGUUUUGGAUUCCACAUCUGUUUUGGAUUGCUUAUAUAAAGCACUUUGAUUACCCUAUAGAAAUUAUAUAUAUAUAUAUAUAUAUAUAUAUGUAUAGGUGGGCUCGAAAUGAAAUCAAGCAUGGAGAUUGUCCAAAAACUGAGGAGCAGAUUUUGCAGAGAGUCCGCUGGUAAGUCGGAACCAGAGUGUUGGGGAAAUUGGGGAAAAGGGAAAUUUAAGAAAUCUUUUGAGAAUAUGGUCCUCUGUCGUAAUUGGAAUUUAAAAGAACGAGUGUUGGUUUGGGAGGGUCUUUAAGUUUCUGCAGACUGGGAGUGUUUGAGGUAUUUUAGUUUCUGUUUAAUAGGAUGUCUAUACUUGUUUGUUGUUUUGUAUGCCUGUGGCCUGGCUUCUUUUCGUUGCAGUAUUUUUUGUGUAGCUGCUUUUGCAGUCUGGUGUAUAUGUUUGGGUGUCAAUUGAAAAGCUUAUUCUUCAUUAAAAAAAAAAGAAAAAGAAGCAUAUAGACGGUCAAAGAAGCAUGGCCUUUGUGCACUAUCUGCACUGUGGACAUUGUCACGCUACUGUGUGUCAUUUUUUGGGUCCGACAACAUGGUUGCGCCACCAUGAAGCAGCGUCCCUUCUCUAAGUCUCCGACAGCAUUUCGUCGAACACCCGGAAGGUGUUCCGUGUUCAACACCACCUGCUUGCUCUCUCUGUACGCUGCCUCUCUUCACAAAGAAGGCGCCUCACUGCAGCCAUUCCAAUUUGAAGCUCUGAAGAAGAUUGCGUUGCUUCCGAGGAUUUCGCUUCCCUUGACAAAGGUCUUUCUUGUUUGUGGUUUUGGAGAUCGAGAGUUUUACUUCAUUUCAACUGCAAGGAUUUCUUCUGUUUUUUUUGUUUCUGAUUGAAUAGAUACUCUUUACAAUUUGUAGAAAGGUCUGUUAAGCUUUGGUAGUUAUACUGCCAAAGUUAUUAGUUCCUGGUGGAUGGAGUAAUUGGUUUUGAUUGAUUGUAGAUUGUUGAAAGGAAAUGAAUUUGAUUGAAUAAAAACUCCACUUCGGGUAGGACUUAAGAGUUCUUUUGCUUA